CAUAUAGGAGUCUCCUAACAUGUAGUUUUAAAUUUUUAGGUGCCAAUUUGGUGUUGCUAUAGACAUUGACCCUCGAAAAGUUGUAAUGGCUUUCAAUAAUGCAAGUAUAUAUGGAGUGGAAGAUUAUAUUGAUUUUAUUAUGGGAGACUUUUUCUAACUUGCUCCUUACUUGAAGGGGGAUGUCGUAUUUGUUUCACCACCUUGGGGGGGUCCAUCAUAUAAAACAAUCCAGAGUUUCACCAUGGAUUUACUGAAGCCAAAAGAUGGAUACUCAAUAUUUCAAGCUGCUCAGAGGAUAACGCCUAAUGUCAUUAUGUUUUUACCUCGGAAUGUGAACCUAAACCAAGUUGAGGAACUUUCAUGGUUGUCUUCUCCUCCUUUGAUGCUUGAGAUAGAAGAAAACUACUUGCAAGGCUAUUUCAAGGGAAUAACUGUCUACUUUGGCACUUCUGCACACAGGAUAAGUCAGUUAAGUCCCCAUGAUUCACUGGACAUUCAUGACUCCAUGUCUAACGACAAAGCAACUCCAGAGUCCAAGCCUGAACCUGUUGAAGUCGAGGCACCACCCCAAAGAUUGGUUACUACAAUUUGGACAUACCUAACCUCUUCAUGAUUUUGUUGACCAUUUAUAUAGUUAUUGUGAAAGAUGAAUCUGUUCCAACUCCGCAGCAACUUCUAUCAUCUUUGGCCACUUUCUACCACUCAAGCUCAAGCAUCAAUAUGCAAGUUUAGCAACCUUUGUUAUCUCUUCAUGUGCAGAAGUCUCCCCUAAUUGAGCAUCAAGAAUAUUAAAGAGACUAUUCUCAUCCAUGGGAAGAAUAAAAUGAGAGGCCAAACUUCUUGUUUCCUCUUCCUCUGCUCCUGCUAAAGAAAUUGGUUUUUCUCCAGUUAAGAGCUCAACAAGGAUGACUUCAAAGCUGUAAACAUCACUUUUUUUCUGUAAAUUGACUUGAUUGGAAAUAUUUGGGGUCUAGGUACCCAAAUUUGCCCUUCACAUUUGUGGUCAAAUGAGUUUGAUCAAUGGCAAUUGAUCUUGAUGUCCCAAAGUCUGCAACUCUCCAUCCAUUAGAAUAUUUGAGGACUUAACAUCUCUAUGAUAAAUGGCAAUGGAGGCUGCUGAGUGGAAGUAGUAAAGUGCACUUGCAACUUCUGCUGUAAUUGUUACUUGUCUUUCCCAGGUUAAUGGGAAGGCGUCAUUUUGAUCAUGUAUAUACUGGAAAAGUGUUCCAUUGGGGAUGAAUUCAUAAACUAGCAGAGGAACUUCAGUCUUCAAACAACAGUCUAAUAACUCAACAAUGUUUUUGUGAUUAAUGUGUAAGAAUGACCACCUCAUUGAUGAACUCUUUAACUUUCUCUUUGUCCAAUUCUUUGCACUUCUUAACUGCAACAAUUCUUCCAUCAACCAACAUUCCUUCAUAAACAGUGCCCUGGCCUCCCUGACCUAGUAUUCUAUUCCUGUUGAAUUUGUUAGUUGCUCUCUCCAACUGCUCUGUACUAAAUAUUUUGGUCUUUUCAAUAUUACCCUCAGUUGAAGACAGUUGUUGCUGCAAUAAUAAACGUCCAUUUUGUUU